AUGAAUAAAUGCCUUUAUGAGCCUUUAGAAUGUUUUAGUAUAUUUAUUACUGAUGACAUUGUGGAGGAGUUAACAACAUGGACCAACGCUGAAAUCCAGCUGAAGAUUCAAAGAUCUGAUGUAAAAGUCACAUUUAAAACUACUAAUUGUGAAGAAAUUCGGGCUCUUUUUGGCAUACUGACAUUAACAGAUGCUAUGAAAGAUAAUCAUUUGACCACUGAUGAGUUAUUUGAUUGUUCGUAUUCAGGAAACAGAUAUAUUGCUGCCAUGAGUAGAGAUAGAUUCCAUUUUUUGAUAACGUGUUUGAGAAUGGACGACAAAUCUUUGCGGCCUGAACUAUGGGCUACUGAUACAUUUGUACCAAUCUGA